CGCGCACGCGCGUCGGGCGGUGGCGGGAUUCGGCCGCGUGUGCUCUCCAGCCCCAGCCCGCCCUGCGCUCGCGGCUCUUUGGGCGGCCGGUCGAGUCCUGCCAGCCAGCGUUGUGGUUGCUCUCUCGCGGCUCUGCGCGCCCCUCCUUCUCCCCAGUUUCUUCUAGAGGCCAGGCCCCGCCCGUUUCCCGUCUCCAGGGCCUGGUUCGUUCCCGCCCCAGCCCGCCCCUCUCUGUGCCCCUGCUGCCUCUGCUGGAGGCGGAGGCUCCAUGUUGUCCCCUCAGCGAGCGGUAGCGGCUGCAUCGAGAGGAGCAGGUGAUGCCAUGGAGGGUGGAAAGCCUGGUCCCGUGCAGGUUGUUAUGGUUCAGAAAGACCAACAUUCCUUUGAGCUAGAAGAGAAAGCCUUGGCCAGCAUCCUCUUACAGGACCACAUCCGAGACCUUGAUGUGGUGGUGGUUUCGGUGGCUGGUGCCUUCCGAAAGGGCAAGUCCUUCUUUCUGGACUUUAUGCUGCGAUACUUAUAUUUCCAGAAGGAAGGUGGCCAUUCAAAUUGGUUGGGUGACCCCGAAGAACCGUUAACAGGGUUUUCAUGGAGAGGGGGCUCUGACCCAGAAACCACUGGGAUUCAGAUCUGGAAUGAAGUGUUCACUGUGGAGAAGCCAGGCGGGAAGAAGGUUGCAGUUGUUCUGAUGGACACCCAGGGUGCAUUUGACAGCCAGUCCACUGUGAAAGACUGUGCUACCAUCUUUGCUCUAAGCACCAUGACUAGUUCUGUUCAGAUUUAUAAUUUGUCUCAGAACAUUCAGGAAGAUGAUCUUCAACAGCUACAGCUCUUCACAGAAUAUGGUCGUCUAGCGAUGGAUGAAAUUUUCCAAAAGCCCUUCCAGACACUGAUGUUUUUGGUUCGAGACUGGAGUUUCCCUUAUGAAUACAACUAUGGACUACAAGGAGGAAUGUCAUUUUUGGAGAAGCGUCUACAGGUGAAAGAACAUCAACAUGAAGAAAUUCAGAACGUCCGAAAUCACAUUCACUCCUGUUUCUCCAGUGUCACCUGUUUCCUCCUCCCACAUCCAGGACUCCGGGUGGCCACAAGCCCUGACUUUGACGGCAAAUUGAAAGAUAUUGAUAGUGAAUUCAAAGAGCAGUUACAGAUACUGAUACCAUAUGUAUUAAACCCAGCUAACUUAAUGGAAAAGGAAAUCAAUGGCUCAAAAGUCACCUGUCGGGGGCUACUGGAGUAUUUUAAGGCAUACAUUAAAAUCUACCAAGGAGAAGAUCUGCCUCACCCCAAGUCCAUGCUUCAGGCCACUGCUGAAGCCAACAAUUUGGCAGCUGCAGCCUCUGCCAAGGACAUUUAUUACAACAACAUGGAAGAGGUGUGUGGGGGAGACAAACCCUAUUUGUCUCCAGACAUCCUGGAGGGAAAGCACUGUGAAUUCAAACAGCUGGCUCUGGACCACUUUAAGAAGACCAAAAAGAUGGGGGGCAAGGACUUUAGCCUCCGUUACCAGCAGGAGCUGGAGGAGGAAAUCCAGGAACUCUACGAGAACUUCUGCAAGCACAACGGCAGCAAGAACGUCUUCAGCACCUUCCGGACCCCGGCAGUGCUCUUCACGGGCAUCGUGGCUUUGUACAUAGCCUCCGGCCUCACGGGCUUCAUCGGCCUUGAGGUGGUGGCCCAGCUGUUCAACUGCAUGGUUGGCCUGCUGUUAAUAGCGCUGCUCACCUGGGGCUACAUCAGGUACUCUGGUCAGUAUCGCGAGCUGGGCGGCGCUAUCGAUUCUGGUGCAGCAUUUGUGUUGGAGCAGGCCACGUCUCACAUCAGUAAUUCCACUCAGGCUGCUGUGAGGGAUGCAGUUGCUGGGAGACCACCCUCAGAUAAAAAAGCUCAAUAGCAUCUUCACAAGAGGAUCCAACAAGAACCCAGCCAGCCCCUCCGGUUCCUGGGCUUCUGCCACGGCCACAGGUGCAGGUCCCAAGGAGUACAGACCGGGACCAUCUGGGAAGAGCUGAAACACGGCACCAAUAAACGAGCAGACCUUACCUGUGGUUUCACAUUCUCAAACGCACUUCCAUGUCUCUCGGAAGCAUUUCUUUUCCUUGCUGGUGUAGAUCCAAGGCUGUUUCUAUUUUCUUAUUUCUCUCUGCUUUAUGCACUUUAAGGGGAAAAAGCUAAAAGGAAAAAUGGAAAUGUGGUUUUAAGUCCUUUAUGUGCCACUUAGUGCCUUUUAAGAUUGAAUCCAUGCUUUUGAGGACAUGAUCGGGAGAGAAUUGAGGAUAACCUCAUGAAAGAUGCUGUUUUGUGGUGAAUUGUCGGUUCUUUCGUACCUUACUCUUUUGAGAAGGAUUCCUUUUUUUAAAAGUUUACAAAACUUGCAAAAGCUUCAGAGCUAAAGACUGACCGAAAACGAUGCCAUUACACUUUAAAAAUCUUCAUAAUAGAGAAUUGUGUUUGCCACACAGUAUGGAAACAUCGUAUAUUUAAAUCUACUUUACACUGAAAUUUAGGGUCUGUUACCUGACAGUCUGGCAGUUUUGUUGGAACAUACUCUGUGUUUUUUUUUUUUUUUUUUGCCUUCAUUCAUUCCUGCAGCUUCUUUCUAGAAAAGAGGAGACAAACAUGCCUUGAAAAGCCAGAGCAGCUCCUAUUAAGAGGAAGGAGCUUAAUACUUACAGAAGAAAAAAACAAAACUUGAGUUUAAAUGAACCAUGAGACCUCUGAUAAGUCAUUUGAAUUUGUGCCUUGGUCAGACUAACUGAUUGUAGGUUUAUAUACAUGUGUGUAUCAUACACAACUCACACGUGACUGUCCUUGGAGAGAUUUUGUUUUCGAAGGUUCUGCAUGAGAACAGAACUUUAUCAAGGAUUAGGGGAAAGAUAUUAACAAAUAUUCUGCCUUUCACUGAUGCCCUGUUUCAUGUGGCUUAGCAGUAAAGUCAAGUCUUUAUCCAAAACCGUUUAUUUGCAUUCUCCUAGUCACUGUCUGCUGUUUUAAUGAUGAGCUAAACCCGUCAGUUUUAUCGAGUGAAGCAGCCCUUAUUCAGCUUUCUACAGGACUAGCCUGGUAGCUUUAAAAUAGCUUUGGCUUCGUAAGGACCAAAGUCCCACCUACAUCUGGACAUACAAUAUUGAGACGUGUCUAAGGAUUCUUCACCUUGAUCAUGUGAUAAGAAAUUUUGUCAAGUACUUGCCUUUUCCUUUGAUGUAUGAUGGUGAAUUACUGUGGAUUUUAAAACUUCCUAAAACGUGCCUGCAAGUAUUUAUAUAAACCUUCAGGUAUGUGAGCCUUAAUUCUUAGGAUAAUUUAAUUUUUGUUGUGAGAGGGAGGGGGGAAGGAGCAGGCAAAUUUGAAUGUAAAUUCUGUGUACAUGAAGUAUGAAUGGAAGGUGGGGAAGAGAAAAUCUUUUCUAGCAUGUAAUCUCUUCAGCAAAGAUUUUCCCUUGACUAUUUUAACUGCUUUAUUACCACUCAAGUAUUUUUAUAAGUUCUGAAUUAAUUCCAAGUGUUUUGUAUAUUUCUUCAUACGCACCAUCUUGCCCUGAAGUUCUCUGCUGUUUUAUUCAGUCGCUGUUAAAUUUUAGAAAAAUUCCGGCUUGUCCUAAAAACUGUUUACUUGCACUUCAGUGACACUUAGCUUUAUUAAAUCAAAAGCUUAGUUUUGAAAUUGUGGUGCAUUUUUCAGGUGGCCUCUCAUUUUCCUAAAAGUUCAUACUUAUUUGCUAAAAGCCUUACAGCCUUACCUAGCUUUUAAUGCAUUGCAUAAGCACAUUUGUAGAUUUCAAAAAAAUUGUCUAGAGUGACCCUACUUUUAAUGAUGAGAAAAGGAUGCUAUGUUUAAAACAUUUUAAUACUAAAAUAAUAGAUUUUUAAAAAAUAAGAAUAUGUGGUAAUGUAUAAUUUAAUGAGAUCUUAAGAUUUAGUUACUAUUUAAAUUCACCAUUUCUGUUUUGAUCUUAAAGGAAUACUUUGGUUUCAUUACCCUGGGGGAGCCUUUUUGGUUUGUUGUGUUUUUUUAUUAACUUAGAUUUCUGCCUCUGGAUAUUAUUUAUAAAGUUUUCUCAGUGAGGAUUCUUAUGGGUUUCCUUUGGCCUCUUUUAACAGUGAAUUGAUGAUUUUUUAUAAACUUUUCCAGUAAAAGGUGCAUUCUCAUUGCUGAAUAUAAAUAGUCCUGGGGAGGUUUAUAACCAGGCUGAAAAGAGUGUCUUUCACCUCUUACCUUCCCUCAGCCUUUAAUUUGUGGGUCAGGGACAUACCUUAGGACCAUAAAUUCUUGCUUCGUAUUUGUUGCGCUGCCCCUCUUGCCUUUCCAUGCAAGCAUUUUUAAUUUGCACAUUCCUAACAGUUUAUGGGGCACAUUCCUAUUAACAUAUAAAAAUUUUCAGAAUUUCCUAUGAAAAUAAUUUUAGAAGAAGUUGAAUGUUUUUUUGUUUUGUUUUUAAUAUUUCCAGUUAGCUUCUUAUGGUAACAAUAAGAAUCAAAAUUUUGAUUCUUUCACUGAGAAAUCUUUCUCGAUUGAUGUGUAGACAAAAUGAGGGAAAACUAUCUUAUGUGGUGAUAAGACAUCUUUAGAGUCAUACCUCAUUUUAGCAGUUAUACCAAGACAUGUUUGUCCUGUGUGGGUUUAUAUAUUAACACGUAUUUCAUACCUGGUGAAAUUGCCUCUGCGUAUUGUUUUCAUUUUUACCUGGUCUUUCUUUUUUCUCUUUCAUGAAUUAAAAUGUGUUAAGCAGACAAGCCGCCUUGUACCAGCAAUUAGUUUCUUUAACAAGUCACACCCGGUGUUCUCCCUGACUUAUCAAAGCGGCGCCCUGGAUAGAGUGAGUUUGGACGAGUAUAUGUGUUUGUGUGGGUUAUAGGGAAAUUAAGUGGUUGUUUAAGUCCAGGCCAAAUAAAUAGUUUUAUUUUUCCCUAGACCUUUUUUAAUUUUUUUUUUUUUUUAAAUAAUGCAACUUUUAGGGACAUCUAUUUAGGACUUUUUCCCCAUGGAACUAUUGAAAUGUAAUUUAGGACGGCUCCCGUCUAAGGUAGCUAACAUAGGCUGCAUCAUUCCUGCUUCAAUUUAGAUCCAACAGAAUUUUAGUCAAGGAAUAAGGGCAUAAUGAAGACAAGCUUCAGUUACUAAAAUACAGACUAGUUAAGUAGAUCAUAUUUAAAAAGGCAAGCAGGAACCCACAUCUGCAGCUGAACAGUCUUCCUUCUGUGAAGUCAUAUUGUAGCUGUGUUUUGGGUAGUGGUCCUCAUCUCUCUUGACGUGCACAAGACUGACUGACCCCUGAGACGCGCAUUGAACAAAAUUUAAAUCCCCGGCUUUCUAUCCAGGGAUCGCCUCGGUGGGCCUGGGUCUGGAAUCACCACUUUUUGAAAACAGCACUGCAGGCGGUUCAGAGAUCGCCGCGAGGGAGGCCGCUCCGGGGUCGAGGAAGUACAGGUCGGUGUUGUCUGGAGGCAGGUGGACAGCUUUUGUCUUGGCUUCAGAAUGGGUGCUGUGCUGCCAGCUCCAGUCACCGGGCGUUUACAGCGUUCAGAGUGGUAGGGAUGCCACCACUAGUCUGAAGGACUGCCUGACUCCUUGAAAAUGUUUUUCUAAAUUAGGAAGUCACAGUGCCUUCUCUGAAAAAUGAAUGUACACGUAUCCUGUUUACUAACAGGUGUAAUUAGGAUUUGAAGAAGAAAACUUUUGAAAGUUGUUUUUCUUUUAAAAAGCAAAAUUCAACACUGUGACUUGAACCUCUAAGUCUUUUAUGCACAGAAAACCUUAAGCCAUAAUAAAAAUGAUGCCCCCAAAGAAAGGAGAGGAUCAUAACUUUGAAAUUCAGCGACAAAAUACCCUUUAUUAGGGAUUUUUCAAGAUAGAUCUAGGGGCAGAAAGAUUUUCGAAGAAAAUUUUCUUCCUUGGAAAGAAGUUUCAGGGGCCAGAACUGCAAUUUCAAUGUGGUAUUCUUAUGACCAAGAGAAGGUUGCCUUUGUUUUCCAAAGCUUUCCAAUUUAGGUGAAUAAAUGCUGUAUGAUUUAAAGCCUUAAAGGAGUUAACAUUGAGCAUAUAUGUAUUUUCCUCUCAGAUUUCCUUUCCUUUGAAAACAUGAUUUAUUAAAAGCACUUUCUCCUAGACCCUUUUUGAAUGGCUUUAAAACUUAAUAUACUUUUUAAAAAGUGCAAUGGAUUAGAUUGCUAUUAGUAUAUUAAAAGCAUGUUUCUGUUUCUUAGUUUAUUUCAUUUAAUGGAAUAAAGAUCAUAGCACCGUGUU